AGCGCCCACCGAGCCGGCUGCCCCGGAGCGCCGCGGACGCGGCCCCAGCCCGGGAGUCGCGGAUCCCCCAUCCCAGGCGGCCCUGACUUUCUGGAGGAAGCACAGGGAGGAGGUCACAGAGCCCCAGGGCUGUGAGGAAGGGGAGCUGCCAUGUGGCAACUGUCCAGGUGGGUGGUACAUUGGAGAGGAUGCAGGGAAGAGACACACGCACAGUUUGACGGCUGGAGAAAAUGCCCUCGAGUGACCAGCAUAAAGAGCUAGAUCCGUCUGGUUUACUAACAAGCACACUCAGUGUCUCAGCCAAUAAUCACAUGACUCCAGGGGCUGGGACUUGGAGGAAAACACCAUAUAGAGGCUGAAAACAUGAGAGCCUCAUCUCUUUCAUUUGUCAGCGAGAAAGUGAAGAAGUAAAGUGAGUGUGUGAUCGUGAUCUCUAAGAAUCUAACUGGGGUCAAAAGCGUGAGUAGAGGGCUUUUCAACCCAGCAGGGGAAGUCAAAGCAGGAUCCAGUGGCCGGAUGCUGAAGCUGGAAAAAUUCAGAUGAGAAAGAAGGAGGAAAUUUUUCACUGUGGGUGACGAAGUGGUAAAGCUGGAGCCGCAGGGGCCUUUCCUGAGAAGCUCUGUGAAGGCUGUAAAGCAGGAGACACUGAAGCUAGGCGUAACAAGGAUGCCAGAGCCGGAGCGACCGUUCCUGAGAAGCUCUGUGAGGGCUUUAAAGCAGGAGAUGCCCGAGCCAGGCAUAGCAGGGAUGCCGGAGGGGCCGUUCCUGAGAAGUGCCGUGAGGGCUUUAAAGCAGGAGAUGCCGGAGCGAGGCGUAGCAGAAAUGCUGGAGCCGGAGGGACCAUUCCUGAGAAGUGCUGUGAGGGCUUUAAAGCAGGAGAGGCCCGAGCCAGGCAUAGCAGGGAUGCUGGAGUCGGAGGGGCCGUUCCUGAGAAGCUCUGUGAGGACUUUAAAGCAGGAGAUGCCGGAGCCAGGUGUAGCAGGGAUGCUGGAGCCAGAGAGGCCGUUCCUGAGAAGCACUGGAAAGAACAUUCCCUGGAUCCCAGAGCAGGGCAGAGCUGGUGGGAACCAGCACCGGGCAGAGAGGAGGAACCCUCCACGGAGGAGGCAGGGUAAGAACAGCUGCUAUGACCCCCUGCCGGGGAGGCAAGGAGGUAGCCCCCUGCGGGACAUCACUGUGCCCCAGAGCGCAGCUGCCGGGGGGCCACCCCACACGUGUGCCACCUGUGGAAAGAGUUUCAGCCGCCGCUCCAAGCUGAGCUCCCACCAGAGGAACCACACUGGAGACAAACCCCACAGCUGUGGGGACUGUGGGAAGGGCUUCCUGUGGCGCUCAGACCUGCUCCGGCACCAGCUCAUGCACACGGGGGAGCGUCCCCACCACUGCUCUCAGUGUGGCCGUGGCUUCAGCCGGGCCUCGCGGCUUCUGCAGCAUCAGAGAGCCCACAUGGAAGCCAGCCCCGGAACGGAGAGUAGCCCGGUGCCGAGUCUGUUGCAGGGAGUACACGGGGAGCCUGGCAAUGGAGUGGGGCAGAGCCCGGGGCUGAGUAUGGGCCAGAGAGUCCAUGUGGAACCUGGCCACGAAGUGGGACGGAGCCCAGGGCUGAAUGUGGGGCUGGGAGUCCAGUUGGAUCCCCGCCAUGGGGUGGGGCAGAGCCCGGGGCUGAGUGAGGGCCAGGGAGUCCACGUGGAGCCUGGCCACGGAGCAGGGCAGAGCCUGGGGAUGAAUGGAGGCCAAGGAGUCCACCCGGAGCCUGGCCAUGGAGUGGAACGGAGCCCAGGGCUGAAUGAGGGCCAGGGAGUCCACGUGGAGCCUGGCCACGGGGUGGGGCAGAGCCUGGGGCUGAAUGAGGGGCUGGGAGUCCACACUGAGCCGGACCACAGAGUGGAGCGGAGCCUGGGUCUGAGUGAGGGGCAGGGAGUCCACCCGGAGCCUGGCCACAGAGCGGGGCAGAGCCUGGGGCUGAAUGAGGGCCAGGGAGUCCAUGCGGCGCCUGGCAACAGAGUGGGGCGGAGCCUGGGGCUCAGUGAGGGGCAGGGAGUUCACGCGGAACCUGGCCACGGAGUGGGGCGGAGCCUGGGGCUCAGUGAGGGGCAGGGAGUUCACGCGGAACCUGGCCACGGAGUGGGGCGGAGCCUGGGGCUCAGUGAGGGGCAGGGAGUUCACGCGGAACCUGGCCACGGAGUGGGGCGGAGCUUGGGGCUCAGUGAGGGGCAGGGAGUCCACGCGGAGCCUGGCAACAGAGUGGGGCGGAGCCUGGGGCUCAGUGAGGGGCAGGGAGUUCACGCGGAACCUGGCCACGGAGUGGGGCGGAGCCUGGGGCUCAGUGAGGGGCAGGGAGUUCACGCGGAACCGGGCCACGGAGUGGGGCGGAGCCUGGGGCUCAGUGAGGGGCAGGGAGUUCACGCGGAACCUGGCCACGGAGUGGGGCGGAGCUUGGGGCUCAGUGAGGGGCAGGGAGUCCACGCGGAGCCUGGCAAUGGAGCAGAGAGGACCUGGGCUCUGAGUACGUUGCAGAAAAGCCACGUGGAGGCUGCCUAUGGAGGGGAGGGCAAUGUGGCACAGAACCCAACCUUGUUCGCACUGCAAGGAGUCCAUGGAGAGCCCUGUCGUGGAGCGAGGUGGAGCCCGGUGCUCACUACACUACAGGGCAUUCACGCAGAGCCUGGCCAUGGGGUGGGGCGGAGCCUGGGGCUGCAUGAGGGGCUGGGAGUCCACGCGGAGCCUGGCCAUGGAGUGGGGCGGAGCCGGGGGCUGAGUCAGGGGCUGGGAGUCCAUGCGGAGCCUGGCUAUGGAGUAGGGCAGAGCCUGGGGCGGAGUGAGGAGCAGGGAGUCCACGUGGAGGCUGGCCAUGGAGUGGGGCACAGCCCGGGGCUGAGUGAGGGGCAGGGAGUCCAUGCGGAGCCCGGCAAUGGAGGAGAGAGGACCUGGGCUCUGACUAUGCUGCAGGGAGUCCAUGCAGAGCCCUGCCACGGGGCGGGGUGGAGCCCAGUGCUGACUACGCUGCAGAGAAGCCACGUGGAGCCUGCCCACGGAGGGGAGGGCAAUGUGGCACAGAGCCCAACCUUGUUUGCACUUCAGGGAGUCCACGGAGAGCCCUGCCAUGGAGCGGCAUGGAGCCCGGUGCUCACUACUCUACAGGGCAUCCACGCAGAGCCAGGCCACGGAGUGGGGUGGAGCCCAGUACUCACUACACUGCAGGGUGUCCAUGCAGAGCCAGGCCAUGGAGCAAGGUGGAGCCCUGUGCUAACUACACUGCAGGGCGUCCAUGUGGAGCCCUGCCAUGGAGCAGGGUGGAGCCCGGUGCUCACUACGCUGCAGGGUGUUCACGCAGAGCCAGGCCAUGGACCAGGGUGGACCCCAAUGCUCACUACACUGCAGGGCGUCCACGCAGAGCCAGGCCAUGGAGCAGGGUGGAGCCCCGUGCUCACUACGCUGCAGGGAGUCCACGGGGAGCCCUGCCAUGGACAAGAAUGGAGCCCAGCCCUGAGUGCAUUGCAGGGCAUCCACGGGGAGCCCAGCCACACCCCAGAAGGGAACCCGGCGCUGAUUGCCUUGCAGAGGGUCCAUGCGGAGCCCUGGCGUGGCACAGAGGGUAACAUGGCACAAUGCCCAACCGUGUUUACACUGCAGAGAAUUCAUGCAGAGCCCUGCUAUGGCACUGAGGGACCCGCGGCCCAGAGCCUGGAGCUGAUUGUGCUGCAGAGAGUCCAUGGGGAGCCCUGCCAUGGAGCAGAGGGGAGCUCAGCCCUGAUUACCCUGCAGGGAGUCCACGGGGAGCCCUGCCACGGCACCGAGCAGAACCCAGCACUGCAUGCAGUGCAGACAGUCCACGGGGAGCUCUGCCAAGGCACCGAGCAGAGCCCAGCACUAAGUGCAGUGCAGACAGUCCAUGGGGAGCCCUGCCAAGGCACUGAGCAGAGUCAGGCUUUGCAUGCAGUGCAAAUAUUCCACAGGGAGCUCUGCCACGGCACUGAGCAGAGCCCGGAACUGCAUGCAGUGCAGACAGUCCAUGGGGAGUCCUGCCAUGACACCGAGCAGAGCCUGGCACUGCAUGCUUUGCAGACAGUCCACGGGGAGUCCUGCCAUGACACCGAGCAGAACCCAGAACUGCGUGCAGUGCAAACAGUGCACAGGGAGCCCUGCCACGGCACUGAGCAGAGCCUGGCACUGCAUGCAGUGCAGACAGUCCACGGGGAGUCCUGCCAUGACACCAAGCAGAGCCCAGAACUGCGUGCAGUGCAGACAGUCCACGGGGAGCUCUGCCACGGCACCGAGCAGAGCCUGGCACUGAGUGCAGUGCAGACAGUCCACGGGGAGUCCUGCCAUGACACCGAGCAGAGCCUGGAACUGCAUGCAGUGCAGACAGUCCACGGGGAGCCCUGCCACGGCACCGAGCAGAGCCUGGCACUGCGUGCAGUGCAGACAGUCCACGGGGAGUCCUGCCAUGACACCGAGCAGAGCCUGGAACUGCGUGCAGUGCAGACAGUCCACGGGGAGCCCUGCCACGGCACCGAGCAGAGCCUGGCACUGAGUGCAGUGCAGACAGUCCAUGGGGAGCCCUGCCACGGCACCGAGCAGAGCCUGGCACUGAGUGCAGUGCAGACAGUCCACAGGGAGCCCUGCCAUGGAGCAGAGAGUCCCAUGGCCCAUAGCCUGGCGCUGGCUUCGCUGCAGAGUCUCCAGGCCGGAGAGGCUCAAUGUGUCAUGGCUGAGCGAGGGGGAGGCCUGGCCGAGACCCCCCCAUCCCCCAUGGCCUUGGUGCAGGAGAAUCCAUUCCAAUGUCCCGAGUGCCGAAAGUGCUUCAGCCGCAGCUCGUACCUGGUGAAGCACCGCCGGAUCCACGGGGCGGGGAAGCCCCACCAGUGCCCCCAGUGUGGCAAGUGCUUCAGCCAACGCUCAUACCUCUGCAAGCACCGCCGGAUCCAUGCCGCAGCAGCCGGCAAACCCCAUGAGUGUGCGCUGUGCGGCAAGCGCUUCAGCCUUCGGUCCUACCUCUGCAAACACCGCCGCAUCCACACGAGAUAGAGCCGGUCCCCGGGCCUGGGAGCCACAGCAGCCCUGGAGCCACAGAGCCAUGGUACAAGCAGCCCACAGAGCGUGCCAGCAGAGCCCACGGCACAGGAGCACUACCGGUGGAGCUGGCAGGCUUCUCUCUGGCACGUGGUGGGAUGGGGAAUGCUGGGUGAGGCUGGGGGGGAACAGAGGGGAGAACUUUCUGUGCCAUGUUCUAUAGAGUUUUCUGUCAAUAAACGGUUUUGAAGAGGGGGAAAUGCUCCCUUGUAAACGCGCAUCGUCUCUCUGCAGCUGUUCGGGAACAGGGCAAGGGCUGUGGCCCUGGUGUGAGAGCAAAACAGCCUGAGCCGCGAAUCCUGUGUGAGCUUCUCCGCUGCGGGGGAGGCCGGCGUGCUCACACAGCCAUUCCUGCAGGGGGAAUGAUUCUGUCGCGGUGCAGCCCAAACCCCUGCUGGAAUGCAGCCGCUCACCCAGGGCUGGGAUACCCAUGGGGCGUCAGGCGCCCAGCACCUGCUGCAAUGAGAUCUAGUUCCCCUUUGGGAACCUCAGGUUCCAGCAGGCCCUGCCACUCUGGUCUUGGGGCUAUACACGGGCGGGGGCAGUGCGUGAAGUGGUGAGUGACUCUGCUCCUGUGGGAGGCCAAGGGGCCAGAACCAGGGUUGGGUUCCCCCCCAGCCACAGGAAUGGUUGCUGCUGCUCCAGCCCUGGGAUUGCUGGGGUCCUGGGGCUGCGCAGCUGUAGGGUGGAAUUUGGGAGCUGAGGGGUGAGGUGUUCCUGGUUAAAACUUACCCAGAGCAGUGGUGGCCUAGAACCCAUCAGCAGGGUGGGCCCGUCUGGGAAAGGGCCAUUUCCCUGGGAUCUGUUUGGGGGCCCUGGAGCUGGGAGCACGGAGCCAGUGGGGAAAUAGCCCCAAGGGUUAGGAUGAGGGGGAGCGACUGCCACCUGUGGGACUGGGUAGGCCGGAGAGGCUCCCUGUGGGAGGCAGGGAGGGGACCUCCCCAAGCAGACAGGAAGUGGGGGCAGAGACCAGAUUUGGGGGGCGGGGUGAUGGGCAUGCAUGUACAACCCCCCCCCCCCACCGAAGUCUGUGUGGGAGCCUGGGGCACCGUUAGCUGAGUAUUGUUGAAGAUACUGAAUAGCAUCGGGCCUAGAGACCCCCCCCGGACCUGACUACGACUCCAUGACAAUUCAAUUCCUUUUUGCCUUCUGUUGGUUCUAGUCCCGUUAACAACGGUGAGGUGGGUUUGAGACAAAUUGAAUCAUUCAGCUGC